AUGGCGGAUAAUGAAACGAACGCAGAGAAAUCAGCCAAAUUCGAAUAUUUCUUAUGCCCCCUGCCAAAAGAGAUGAAGAUCGAGAUUCUAUCUCGAAUGCCCUUGAAGUCGGUGGCUCAAUCCAGAGCCGUUUGUCGGGCGUGGAACUUGACUCUCGGCGACCCGUCUCUCCUCGAUAUGCUCAUUUCCUGCAAAUUCGCUCUUAAUCGGACAUGGGUUUUUGUGGGCGUUGACUAUAUCUACAAUUCCGUAUUCUUCAUCGAACUUUACGAUGAUGCCGGCGAGGAAGAAGACAAUAAGGCGGACUGCAUAUUUCGAGAGAUCGAUUUGCCCUUUUCCGAUGAUUGCAGCCCCAGCAGCUUUGGGAUAGUCGGCUCUUGCAACGGCCUUCUGUGCUUAGCCUUUUCGUCCUAUCCCCGACCAAGAAUCUACCUUUUCAAUCCCUUUACGAAGACCUUCAAAUUGCUGCCAAAGAAUCAUCUGAUCAGUGAGGUGGAUUGUCGAGAUGAAUCCUACGAAUCCGUGUUUGGGUUCGGAUACAAUCCUUCCGCCCAGGACUAUACUGUGGUGAGUUUGGAUUAUGUGAAAAAUUCUGAACAGGAGGAGAAAUCGAAUGCGUAUGUGUAUACUUUAAAGAGUAACACAUGGAAAAGGGCCAAGAAUUUGCCGGUCCAUAGGUUUGGGUCAAUAUUCGACUUGGGAGGGGUUUUGGCGAGCGGGAGGCUGCACUGGUUGAGGGACGAUAAGUCGGGAAUUGAUUCGUUCGAUUUGGUGGACAAUUUUUUCCGGGAGGUCGAGAUGGAUUUGCCCACGAUAGUUAAAAACUCGGUCCAUCCGCUGUCUAGGCGGCAUUUUCUCCAAAUUGCAGUUUUAGGGGGAUACCUAUCGCUUGCAGUGAACGAUUGCCGCCAGAUUGUGAUUUGGGGUAUGAGAGAGUAUGGGGUGAAAGAGUCUUGGGAGAGGAUGUAUACUCUCGGACAGUCGUCUUACGAGAGGUUUACUUUUUCUGGGGGCUUGAAUUCUAUUCGUGUGUUGGGUCUCAGGAAAAAUGGGGAUAUUCUUCUGGCAAUCUACUUAGGCAGGUUGGUUAGCUAUAAUCCACGCAAUGGGGCGGCCAGGUUUUUUGAUGUGGGUGAGUUUGAAUUUGCGGAAGAUUGUGUUCGUGUUAGUGAUCUUAUUACUCCAAGUGCCUUCGUGUCAUGUAGCUGCUGUGAGCAAUUUGUGGACGUUAUGAAUCACUUUUGUUCCUUGGUGCCGAUAAUUCUGAUAGCUGAAGUGAAAACAGGGGAUCUUGUUUGCAUCAAAAUGGAUAUCUUGAAUAUCGAAUGA